AUGAGAACUUUCGCCUGGUCUCCACAUGACAUGCCCGGAAUAGACCCCUCCGUCAUGAGUCACAGCCUAAAUAUCUCCAACAACUUCCCACCUGUCAAGCAGAAGCAGAGGAGGUUCGCUCCAGAGGUGAAUCAAGUCAUACAAGAGGAGGUCCAACGGCUCCUAAGCACAGGGGCAAUCGAAGAAUGCUUAUACCCCAGUUGGCUUACCAACCCCGUCGUGGUCCCAAAGAAGAAUGGGAAAAAGAGAGUAUGCAUAGACUACACAAAUUUAAACAAAGAAUGUCCCAAAGAUAGCUACCCUCUGCCGAAAAUCGAUCAAAUGAUAGACGCCACGACAGGAUAUGAAAGAAUGAGCUUCCUCGACGCUUACUCUGGAUACAAUCAGAUCCCCAUGAAACCAGAAGAUCAGACUCACACGGAUUUCAUAACAAAAGGUGGUUUAUAUUGCUACAAAGUUAUGCCCUUCGGUCUAAAGAAUGCAGGCGCAACGUACCAAAGGCUGAUGCACAAGCUGUUUUCCUCAUUGCUCGGGAGAAAUAUGGAGCUUUAUAUUGACGAUAUGGUCAUCAAGUCCAAACAAAGCUCUUCACAUAUAGACGACUUGACCGAGUGCUUCGACAUCCUUGAUGCUUAUAAAAUGAAAUUAAACCCCUCUAAAUGUGUCUUUGGGGUGUCCUCUGGACAGUUCUUGGGCUCCCCCAUAGCUAAUGAAGAUUUAUUCUUGUACUUGUCUGUCUCACAAUUCGUUGUGAGUUCUGUUCUCUUCCGAGAAGAAGCCAAUCAUCAGAGGCCAGUGUUCUACUGCAGCAAGAUGCUUUUGGACGCUGAAACUCGUUACAGUAUGAUGGACAAGUUGGCACUCGCACUCCUUACGACAAAGAAGAAGUUACGACAAUAUUUUGAAAGCCACACCAUCAUUGUAUAUACGGACUAUCCAUUAAAGCAAGUAUUGAGUAAGCCCGACCUCUCUGGAAGGUUAUCUAAAUGGGCAAUUGAGCUAGGGAAGUACGAUAUUCAGUUCUCUCCACGAAAAGCUAAAAAAGGACAGGUACUAGCUGACUUCCUGGUUGAAAUUCAGUCGUUCACCCCUGACACUCUGCCAGAAUUGUUAGAAUCAGAAGAUCAAUGGGUGUGGACGAUGCAUACUGACGGAGCAUCCAAUUCCCAAGGGGCUGGUAUUGGCAUCGUAUUAGAAGCUCCCUCGGGCCUCAAAAUCGAAGAAGCCAUUCGUUUAAAGCAAUCCACGACGAAUAAUGAAGCAGAAUAUGAGGCACUAAUCUAUGGUUUAGAACUAGCACGAGAAAUAGGCAUCCAACGCCUGAAUGUCAGAGGAGACUCACAGCUUAUGAUAGAGCAAGUGGCUGGAAAUUUCGAUACUAAAGCACCCCAUCUGGCGAGCCUUCUACAGAAGGUAACUGACUUGCGAUCGCAUUUUCGCCAGUUCGAACUCAUACAAGUACCUAAGGAGCAAAAUCAGAAGGCCGGUGCCCUUGCCAAAUUAGCCUCUACAGGAGGUUGCACACGCCAGUCCUCCAUAUCUAUAAGCCGAUCAAGCAAAGGCAUGGAAGUCUAUUCAACCUCAUCAGAACCUGAAUGCUGGAUGGAUCCAAUCAUAAGAUACUUGUCCACCUCUGAACUCCCACCUAAUCCAAAAGAUGCAAAACUUCUGCGCCUUCGGGCACAACGCUAUUCCAUAAUCCAUGGGACGCUGUACUGCAAGUCCUUCAACGACCCCUACCUAUGGUGUUUGCGCCCAUUAGAAGCUAAAAAAUUGUUAGAAGAAAUACAUGAGGGGACAUGUGGAAAUCACACAAGGGGACGGAGUCUGGCACACAAAGCACUUACAGCAGGGUAUUACUGGCCAUACAUGAUGACAGAAGUGCGUGAUUAUGCCAAAAAAUGCGACAAAUGCCAACGAUUUGCACCGACCAUCCAUCAACCUGCUCAAACCUUACACUCCAUCGUUGCACCUUGGCCUUUUGCAAAAUGGGGUAUGGAUGUGGUAGGUGAACUACCUAAGGCUGCUGGAGGAAGACGGUAUGCUCUUGUAGCCACUGAUUACUUCACGAAAUGGGUUGUAGCAGAGGCUUACGUCACGGCCAGCAAAACAGACACUAUGUCCUUCAUCUGGAAGCAUAUCAUAUGUCAAUUUGGGAUAUCGUGGGAGAUAGUCGUGGACAAUGGAACUCCGUUCCAAAAUGCAAAGGUACAAGAACUAUGCGACACAUACAAAAUCAAGCUUAGCUUUGCCUCUGUCACUUACCCACAAGGCAACGGUCAAGUAGAGGCUUCCAACAAAGUUAUCUUUGCCAACAUUAAGAAGAACUUGGAAGAUAAAAAAGGACCAUGGGCAGAAGAAAUACCGAAAGUGUUAUGGGCAUAUAGGACAACAAAAAGAUCCUCCAUGGGAGAAUCUCCCUACGCCAUGGUGUAUGGAACCGAGGCCAUCAUCCCAACACAAGUCGGCCUACCUACACUUCGGACAGAGAUCGCAUUUGAUCAAACAACAAACAACAUUCAACUACUGCACAACCUAGACCUUCUAGAAGAAAUACGUACGGUGGCAUAA